CGUCUCAAUACCGCAUUGGUGGUUGAUGAAUAAAUCCUAUCCAGUCUGGAACUGCUCUUGACAAUGAAAAGCUGUGGGUAUUUUCGAAGAGCUGGAAACUAAGGAGCUUAGUGCUUUUGGAUUAGUGUAGUUCUUGUUCAUUGUCAGCCAAUAAUUAAACCAUAAAUAAGCCUGUAUAUGUGUAUAGUUUCUCAUCAUGGGUGAGAAACAAAACUUGGACCUUCUCGAUGAUGUGAUAAGCCGGCCCAGGAAAAGAAGCGUGUACUUAGAAGGGGCAGCUCCGUUCUACCAAAAUAAAGGUGAGAAUCCAAUAUCAAAAAUAGCACCUGCGUCGGCUGGCCUCCCCGUCCACGCUUUCCAAGAGCGUAAGAAUGUGGACAGCGUGCUACACGAGAGUCUCAAGCCAAUGUUGACGCUCAUGAGGGUUCUUGGUAUAUGUCCCAUUACCCAGAGUGGCCCAACAUUUAUCGUCACUCUCCAACUCAUGAUAUAUUCAGUGGUCGUAUUUCUCAUAGUGUGUGGAUAUAUCGGGUAUAUCAAGUGGGACAAAGUUGAAAUGGUGAGAACGGCUGAAGGGAGAUUCGAAGAAGCAGUGAUUGACUACUUAUUCACCAUCUAUUUGGUACCUAUUGUAAUCAAUAUGUUAUCCUGGUACGAGGCCAGAAAACAGGCCAGGGUACUAACAAAUAUCAUGGCAUUCGAAAAGGUGUAUUUCAAAGUAACCAGAAAGAGAUUCAAACGAUUCCUUGGUAAUAAACCAUUCAUUACUACAAUAGGAUUACUCAUUCUUGCCACUGCAACCAUGACAGUAACUCAUAUUACUAUGGUGCAUUUUAAGCUGCUACAGGUAACAAUUCUAUCAGUUUAG